AUGGUGGAUAAUCCCUUCUUCAAGAACCAUUUUAGCUACCCUUGCUACUGUUACCCCUACUCUCCCUCUGUCAGACGAGUACCUGUACACCGCCAUACGACGCCGGUUCAGAAGGUCGUGGAGAUCCCUGUCCGCCAUGUCGACUCCGAACCUAGCAGGUUAGACUCUGCUCUUAAGAUACAGCAGGUGUUCAGAGGGAUUUUGGUUAGAAAAAGCGUCAAGAAGAUUGCUGCUAUUAAGAGUGAGGUUAAUGAGAUAGAGAAGAGGAUUUUGAUGAAGGAAAAUGUAGAGAUGAUUCGGAGGGAUUCGAAAGAGAGGUUGAAGGUCAAUGAGAUGCUUAUGAAUUUGCUGUUUAGGUUGGAUUCUGUUCCGGGUGUGGAUUCUGUAGUUAGGGAUUGCAGGAGGACUGUUGUUAAAACGGUGAUUAGGUUGCAGGAGAUGGUUGAUGCGAUUGUUGCUGAUUCUGUUGAUCGAGUAUUGGAAGUAGAAGAAUUAGCCAAGAAUCGUGAAGAAGAUGCCGAUCAAACCCCACAAGAUGGGGCCCUUGACAUGAAAGGUAUUUUUGCUAACUCUGCUUCUAAUUCCAAUUCUUUGGAGAACGCUGUUGAUCAAACUAUGGAAUUGCAAAAUCAUGUUGAAUGUGUACCAAAUUGCGAUUGUGUUGAGAAGAUGCCUGAAGCGUUUGAAGAAACGUCAACACUGCAAAGCCCAGAACAGCAAAACUCUACGAUGGGUUGUGAAAGUCGGGGGAAUGUGGAAUUGGCUGAAGCUGAAGUUGGAGAAAAUGCAAAUGUGGAAGAUGAUGUGUCAGUAUCAGGAAAUGAAUGUGCAGAAAGUGUCGAUUUAAAUCGAGAAGAAAGCCAAGCGGAUUCCUCUGCAGACCCCGAGGAUGAUUUAUGGGGAAAUCAUGAAAAUGCUGUAGCUGAACACAAGGAAGAACAUGUGAAAGAGCAAUCUUAUGGUGUCAAAGAGGAAGUAAGCAGAAAGAACAGAGACCUAGUGGAGAGGAUAAUGGAGGACAAUGAGAAAAUGAUGGGAUUGAUGACGAAGUUUUUUGAGAGGAAUGAGAUGCAAACAAGAUUGUUGAGGUCACUAUCACAGAGGGUUGAGCAGCUGGAGAGGGCUUUAAUGUGUAAAAGGUCAAAGAGAAACAAGCGCAGAGGAAUGCUGGUGGCUUGGCGGACUGUUUAG